AAAUUUAAAAUAAGGCUUCAAACAUUUAACUAAGAUUAGUUUCUUUUAAUUUUUUUAUUAUAAAUAUUUAAGAAUCAUUAAGUAUUUAUUGGUUUCUGUCCUUACCUAAUUUUAUGGAGUAUGUUUGUAAACAAGGUUUCCAGAAAAUUUGAAGAGGCCACUGUUUCCUGACCCGGAAAAACCAAAAACUCAGACCCGUCGUUCCAUGACCCGAUUCAUUCGGUAUCCAAUCUUCCCCGCCAAAAACCCCAAGACUUACUGCUCAAAUGUUAGUAGUGCUGCUACAAUACACUUGCAAAAACGCAGCCUAUACACUCACCAAUUGUUUGAUGAAAUUCCUUACAGAGAUCUCCGUUCCCUCAACUCUCAGCUUGCUUCGUACGCUCGUAGCCGCAAUUUUCUUGCAGCGUGGACCCUCUUUUGGCACAUGCAUUGUGCAGGCCUUAAACUUAGUGCUUAUACUUUCACGCCAGCUUUGGGCGCUUGUUCUUCUUUGCCUGGACCAGAACGCGGCAAACAAGUCCAUGGUUUAAUGAUCAAAACUGGUGCAGAUACGGGUAUCGUGUCCAAGACUGCGCUAAUGGAUAUGUAUUUCAAGUAUGGGUUAUUGAGUGAGUCGGUUAAAGUUUUUGAGGAGAUGGAGUUUAAGGAUGUUGUCACUUGGAAUGCUUUGUUGUCUAACUUUUUAAGAGAAGGUCUUGUUAAGGAAGCGUUUGGUGUUUUUGAGGCGAUGAGAAGGGAAGGAGUUGAGUUUAGUGAGUUUACUUUAUGUACUGUUCUUAAGGCUUGUGCUUCUUUGAAGGCAUUUGAGCAAGGGAAACAGGUGCACGGUUUGGUGGUUGUCUUAGGCCGGGAUUUGGUGGUUCUGGGUACUGCACUUAUUGAUUUUUACUCAGUUUUUGGAUGUAUUAGUGAUGCCAUGAAAGUCUUCUAUAGUUUGGAUAGUAAAGUAGAUGAUGUUAUGAAAAAUUCCUUGAUAUCUGGAUGUGUUCAAAAUAGGAAGUAUGAAGAGGCUUUUUCGGUUAUGAGUACAAUGAGACCAAAUGUGGUUGCACUUACUACUGCUCUUGCUGCUUGUUCUGAGAAUUCAGAUUUGUGGAUUGGGAAGCAGAUCCACUGUUUAGCUGUUCGAUUUGGGUUUACUUGUGAUACCCAAUUGUGCAAUGUACUGCUAGACAUGUAUGCAAAAUGUGGUAAAAUAUCGAAUGCUGGCACCUUAUUUGAUAGAAUUUGUCAAAAAGAUGUUGUUUCUUGGACAAGCAUGAUCGAUGCAUACGGAAGUCAUGGACAUGGGCUUGAAGCUCUUGAAUUGUUCAAAAAGAUGGGUGCAGAAGGAAGGGGGGUUUCACCAAAUUCUGUGACCUUUCUUGUUGUUUUAUCAGCUUGUGCACAUUCUGGAUUGGUGGAGCAGGGCCGAAAAUGCUUUAAUUUGAUGAGGCAGAAGUAUGGUUUGGAUCCGGGUCCAGAACAUUAUGUCUGCCUCAUAGAUACUCUUGGCCGGGCUGGUCAAAUAGAAGAAGUAUGGUGUUUGUUCAAUGAUAUGCUUAAGAAUGGUACUAAGAUCACUCCUGCUGUAUGGGCAGCCCUAGUAAAUGCAUGCAGUCAUUGUGUGGAUGUCACAAGGGGGGAGUUUGCAGCAAAGCAUCUCCUAGAAUUAGAGCCAGAUAACCCUGCAAAUUACGUGCUGCUUUCAAAUUUUUAUGCAACCAUUGGAAAUUGGGAUGCCUCAGAACACUUGAGAAGCAUUAUGAGGAAGAAAGGGUUGCCAAAGGAAGUAGGGAGUAGCUGGGUCAGUUGAAAACUGUCAUGAAAUGCCAGUAAAUUAAGUUUGAGAAAAUUCAAUCACUAGUCAAUAAGAAGACCAGUAAACUGCAUUUUUAUUGCGUUCGACUUGGUCAUCAAGUGAAUUAGCUCUUUUUCAUCUGGGUUUUCUUGUUUACAACCAAAUUCCAGGUACUCCAUGUUUCUCCUUUUGUUACUGUUUAUUGUUUACACUCUGAAAUUCCUACGAGGUCAAGUUAAGAAGAGUUUGUUCAUUCUUCAUGAUAGUAAAUUAAUAGUAAUGGAUUAAGUCAGCUAGUAUGUUGAAGGACAUAUUCUAAGGCAUUACUCAUUAGUAUUA